AUGGACAACAAAGCCAUGUACCUGCACACCGUGAGCGACCGUGACAAUGGCUCCAUCUUUGAGGAGCCCUUCGAUGGCAGGAGCCUGUCCAAGCUGAACCUCUGUGAGGACGGUCCGUGUCACAAACGGCGGGCAGGUGGCUGCUGUACACAGCUGGGCUCCCUGUCAGCGCUGAAGCAUGCGGUUUUGGGGCUCUAUCUUCUGGUCUUCCUGAUUCUUGUGGGUAUCUUCAUCUUAGCAGUGUCCCGGCCUCGGAGCUCCCCAGAUGACUUGAAGGCGCUGACUCGGAAUGUCAACCGGCUGAAUGAGAGCUUCCGGGACAUGCAGCUGCGCCUGCUGCAGGCUCCGCUGCAGGCGGACUUGACAGAACAGGUGUGGAAGGUUCAGGAUGCGCUGCAGAACCAGACGGACUCACUGUUGGCCCUGGCAGGCUUGGUGCAGCGGCUGGAGGGCGCACUGUGGGGGCUGCACGCGCAGGCGGCGCAGACCGAGCAGGCCGUGGCCCUGCUCCGUGACCGAACAGGACAGCAAAGUGAUUCCGCGCAGCUGGAACUCUACCAGCUGCAGGUGGAAAGCAACCGGAGCCAGCUGCUGCUGCAGCGCCACGCGGGCCUGCUGGACGGGCUGGCGCGCAGGGUGGGCAUCCUGGGUGAGGAGCUGGCUGACGUGGGUGGAGCACUGCGUGGUCUCAACCACAGCCUGUCCUAUGACGUGGCCCUGCACAGCACGCGGCUGCAGGACCUGCAGGUGCUCGUGAGCAAUGCCAGCGCUGACACGCGCCUCAUGCGGCUGGUGCACAUGGACAUGGAGAUGCAACUCAAGCAGGAGCUGGCCACACUCAGCGUGGUGACCGAGGACCUGCGUCUCAAGGACUGGGAACACUCCAUCGCCUUGAGGAACAUCACCCUUGCCAAAGGGCCACCGGGACCCAAAGGUGACCAAGGGAAUGAAGGAAAAGAGGGAAAGCCGGGCGCUCCUGGGCUCCCUGGGCUUCAAGGUCUGCCAGGAGAAAGAGGUGCCCCAGGACUGCCUGGUCUCAAGGGUGAUGAUGGGAAGCUAGGGGCCACAGGUCCCAUGGGCAUGCGUGGAUUCAAAGGUGAGCGAGGCCCAAAAGGAGAGAAAGGAGAGAGAGGAGAGAGAUCUGGUGAUAUGGACUUCACAAUGAUUCGCCUGGUGAACGGCUCUGGCCCACACGAGGGCCGAGUGGAGGUGUACCAUGAGCGUCGCUGGGGCACGGUGUGUGAUGACGGCUGGGACAGGAAGGAUGGGGAUGUGGUGUGCCGCAUGCUAGGCUUCCACGGUGUUGAGGAGGUGUACCGGACAGCUCGUUUUGGGCAAGGCACAGGGAGGAUUUGGAUGGAUGACGUGAACUGUAAGGGCACCGAGAGCUCCAUCUUCCACUGCCAGUUCUCCAAAUGGGGAGUGACAAACUGUGGGCACGCUGAGGAUGCUGGGGUGACCUGCACCACACUCUGAAAGGGGCCACAGCCCAAGGCCAGGGCACUACCGUCGAGCCACACCCCUGUGUCUCUGGGGUAGGGGACUGCUUGGAGCUACCUAACCAUGGCUCGUGCCCGUUCCAACACCACCCUGACCCUUGCUGCCAGUUGGCCUUCCUCUGGUUCCACGGUGACUUGGUGUUGCCCUCCUUCCAGGAAAACUGCUCCAAAGUGCUCAGCGGGACCUACAUUCUGUCUUUCCCUUCCACCAAAGUUUCUACACGGGGAGGCCUGGUCAGUUGAACCAACAGUGUGCUCAGCUGUCUGAAGACCAUCUGCAGGGCCUCGGGAUCCAUGUUCCCUUUGCUCUGUUGGUUACAGAUUGAUGCUAAUAUGAUGUCAUAGGCAAGAGUAUCGACAGAGGUGGGGAGUGUUGUGGGUCAUUUACUUUGCAGAUAAUUCUCAAAUCCCAAAGUUUUAACCAACCACCUCCCCAGCAAGUAGAAACCCUUAAUUGACUCUGUUUCCCCUCUUCUCCUCUGCCUCUUCACACUAUAUGUUAGUUUGACGAAGGGGCAGGGGAGAAGCCAGCUAUGGGAGACAUAAGAAAAUGCCAGUCACCCGAAUGCCAGCUGGAGCUGGGGAGGGAGGGGGAUAAGUACCAUGCUGUGCUACACCGUAUCUUGGGUGCUGAAAUCACUUAUUCACUUUGCUGUGUUAAUACAAGGCAAGGUCACUCAGGGCAGGACCCUGCCUCCAGGUAGUACUCACCUGGCCCAUUCAUCCAGCUUCCAAGUUAGAAGACCAAGAAUGACCGAGACUGAGACCAGGUUCCCUCAUGGAUGUUGGUGUUACUGUCAGGCCCUUGUUAGGCCUGAGCGAUAAGCUUGAGCUGUAGACAUUGCUUAUUAGAAAGAUGUAUACCCCAAAUCCUACAGUAAACAUGUAAGAUCAGACAUGAUGGGGUUCUAAGUCAAACAUCCACACAGGAGUGCUGAUUUGAAGGGUGUCAUGGGAGCUAUUCCCGUUAACCUGAGCCCAUCAGUUAUUAGAGACUGUGUCUCAGGGCUGUUGGUGACAUCGUACCUUUCAGGCCUCUUGAAAUAUAAUCCUGUGAUGUGAGGAACACAAUCCUGAUAAACCUCUAAAGGACAGAAAGAAGUGUGACGGCCCUAUAACCUUCCCCGUGGGAAAUGAGACACCGUGGGCCUCUUCAAUCCUGUGAGCUGCACUCACCUCCUGCUUACAAAGGGAACACGUUCUGCUGUUGACACGUUGAGGAGGAGGAUGUUGAACCAGAUGGUACAUGUGUUCUAGAACUGGGGGAGCUAAAGGGUAGCGACUGAGGGCGGACCUGUCACAGACACAAUCACAUGCCCGAUGGGGUGGGCAUUAUCCUCCUUGGGGUCAGGAAGACCUAGGAACCUUCUGGUGUAGUCCUCCUCCCGCAAAGAUCCUGGCUGGCCACUAAGCCAACAUGUGAUCUUGGUCACUCUUGCUUGCAAUACGCAUUGCUCACUACUGUUCUCCUGAUCUGACCAACUGUUAUGUUUACAUAACAUGCAUGUACUCAGGCAUCUUCUCCCAGAGCCAGUGUAUGUACACCUGUAUCAGCGUAACACUCCUUAUCACAGAGCUCAGCACAUCACAUGGUUAUGUUUGAAAAGACAUACUAAAGGGCAUAUUUUUUAAAAAAUGGGUAUUUUAGAAGUGCCUAAACAUCACUUUGAGAAUUCUGGGAAAGAAUCCAGUUACCCCAAUGAUGAAGACUCGGGUAACUUUCUCACUUGGUCUUUACAUGGGGGAAACAGAAGUCUGGUUUUAUGUUUACAAAAGCAAUGUUGAAAAGUAUAUUAACCGCAAAAAUAGAAGUUGACUAGUUUACAGACCGACCUACGAGGACAUGGAAAUGACCGUGGACUGUAUUUCAGGGACUAAUGAAAACUAGGCCUAAAAUACUUCAGACUUUUUGUAAGAAAGAAUUUCAAUAAAGCAAACAUUUGAA